GUUCACUAUAAAAACUCAGCAAACAAAGGGUCCUGUUUUCCUCCCUGGCUGAAAACACGGCUACCUUCCUCUGGAGUCUAUUCAUAGUGAGUGCACAUGGAAUGAUGUGGGUGGAUGCAGCUUGUGACUGUGAUCUGAUAGAGAAAAUUCCACAGGCCCGCAAUGUCAGUGACACACCCCCAGCCAAUGUAUAUUAAAGCAGAGAAUGUGUGUGACUAAUAGUGAUCUGCUGGACUACAGAGUGGAGAACAUCUCUACACAAAGAUGAAAGCCCAGCUAGUCACACUUGUUGCUGCCUGUCUGCUUGGCACUGUUCUCAGUGACGGCUCCACUGUAGCUUGGUGUUAUCACCUGCCGUCCUGCGAUUACACCACAUGGCCACAUACAGUAACCAACCACUGCAACGGCACCCAUCAGUCUCCCAUCAACAUCGUGACUGCUGAUGUCCAGGCAGAUCCCAGCCUGACCACCUUCAGUUUCACUGGGUUUAAUGACAGCUCUGCACUCUUGCAAAUACAAAAUGCAGAUGGAAAGUCAGUGAAGGUGUCUCUGGAUGACAGUAAGAUGAGUGUGUCAGGAGGGGGUCUUUCAGGAGUCUACAUUAGCACGCAGUUCCAUCUUCACUGGGGCAACGGCAGCACUUCAGCCGGGUCAGAGCAUGCAGUGAACGGCAAACAGUAUCCAAUGGAGCUGCACAUAGUAAACAUGAAGUCCACUCUUCCCAACAUGACUGUCGCUCUCAAGGACCCAACAGGAUUGGCUGUUCUUGGUUUCUUCAUUGAAGCAACUAGUGACAGCGGCAAGCCGGAGAGCUGGAAGAGCCUCACCUCAUUCUUGUCCAGUGUUCCUAACCAAGGUGACGUAGUGGACAUUAUGAACCAGAUAACAAUGGACAGUCUGCUUCAAGGAGUGGACAGGGCUAAAUACUAUCGCUACCAUGGCUCGCUGACCACACCAUCCUGCGACGAAGCCGUGGUGUGGACUGUCUUCAAAGACCCCAUCAAAGUCAGCCAAGAUCUGAUCAACCUCUUCAGCACCACCAUGCACAUCAACACAAAAGCUCAGCCUCUGAUCACCAACAACUUCAGAGGAAUUCAGUCAAUGAACGGCAGAGUCGUAACGUCCCAGCCUUCCUCAGCAUCCACACCUUACCAGGCCCUGUCCUUGACCGCUGCUCUGCUGUACUACAUACUGUUGGCGCUGACCAAAAAAAAAAAACAACAAAACAAAACGGUCUUUAGGCUAAAUGAGUGUUGCGAUAGCAGCCCAAUCAGUAGAAUGGUUCUCUCGCUGGUUUUGAGCUGUCUUGCUGUUUGGCUGACUUCUGCCGCGGUUAGUAGUGCAGAUCCUCCAGUAGGUUGGUGCUAUAACUUGCCGUCGUGUAAUGAAUCUACCUGGCCCUCAAUUGCCGGUGCGUACUGCAACGGAACACGUCAGUCUCCAAUUAACAUCAUGACUGCCAGCGUUAAAGCCAAUGAGAACUUGACUGCAUUAACGUUUAAGGGUUUUAAUGACGGCACAGCCUUGACUGAGAUUCAAAACAGUGGCCGGGAUGUUAAGGUAAUUCUGAAUCACGAGAAGAUGGCAGUUGAAGGAGGAGCUCUUCCAGGCAUGUACAACUGCAGCCAGUUCCACCUUCACUGGGGCAGCGGCAGCUCUGUGCCAGGAGCUGAACACACCAUAGACGGCAAACGAUAUGCAAUGGAGUUGCACGUUGUGAACGUCAAAGCAGAGUACAAUUCAACUGCAGAUGCACUGGCAGAUCCGACGGGCCUGGCUGCUCUUGGGUUCUUUAUUGAGGCAACCAACGACACUGGAAAACCUGAAAGCUGGAAGACCCUAACCUCCUACCUGGCAGAGAUCUCAAAUGCAGGGGACGCAGUAGCCCUCACCCAGCCCAUCUCCAUGGACAGUCUACUCAAAGGAGUGAACAGGUCUCGAUAUUAUCGCUACCUUGGCUCCCUGACCAUCCCCAACUGCAACGAGGCUGUGGUGUGGACAGUAUUUAAAGACCCUAUUCAAGUCAGCAGUGACCUGGUUGACCUCUUCAGCACUAUACUGUAUGUCAACAAGAGCACCAACUCUCCCCUGAUGACAAACACCUUCAGGAGCACUCAGUCCAUAAAUGGCAGGGUUGUGACCUCGCAGGUGGGAAGCAGCAAAGCCAGUUUCCCGUCGUCCUCGAGAGCUACCCGGCCUUUCCUCACGUUCUCCUUCAUCGUGGCGCUCCUGUUUGUCACCUUCUGUUGUGCCUGUUGGAAUGCAGUGAAGCUGUGGUGGGGACUGUUUAAGGACCUGGUCAGAGCCGUGACCUGCAUAGAACGAGGGUCAUUAACAGUGUCUGCUAGACUACAGAGUGGUCAACAUCUCUGCUCAAAGAUGAAAGCCCAGCUAGUCACACUUGUUGUUGCCUGUCUGUUUGGCACUGUUCUCAGUGACGGCUCCACUUUAGCUUGGUGUUAUCACCUGCCGUCCUGCAAUUACACCACAUGGCCAACUAAGAUACCCCACCACUGCAGUGGUGCCCGUCAAUCUCCCGUCAAUAUUGUGACUGCUGAUGUCCAGGCAGAUCCCAGCCUGACCACCUUCAGUUUCACUGGGUUUAAUGACAGCUCUGCACUCUUGAAUAUAAAAAAUGCAGAUGGAAAGUCAGUGAUGGUUUCCCUGGAUGACAGUAAGAUGAGUGUGUCGGGAGGGGGUCUUUCAGGCCUCUACAAGAGCAAACAGUUCCACCUCCACUGGGGCAACGGCAGCUCUUCAGCUGGAUCGGAGCAUACUGUGAACGGCAAACGGUAUCCAAUGGAGCUACACAUAGUACACAUGAAGUCCACUCAUCCCAGCAUGACUGUCGCUCUUGACGACCCAACAGGAUUGGCUGUUCUUGGUUUCUUCAUUGAAGCAACCAAUGACAGCAGCACACCGGAGAUGUGGAAGAACCUGACUUCAUUUUUGUUGAAGAUUUCUAGAAAAGGUGACGUGGUGGACAUUAAGAACCAGAUCACGAUGGACGGUCUGCUCAAAGGAGUAAACAGGACUAGAUACUAUCGCUACCUCGGCUCGCUGACCACACCGUCCUGCGACGAAGCCGUGGUGUGGACUGUCUUCAAAGACCCCAUCAAAGUCAGCCAAGAUCUGAUCAACCUCUUCAGCACGUCCGUGUACAUCAACACAACAGCUCAGCCUCUGAUCACUAACAACUUCAGAGGCGUUCAGGCCCUGAAAGGCAGAGUCAUAAAGUCUCAGCCUUCAUCAGCAACCACACCUUACGAGGCCCUGUCCCUGACCGCUGCACUGCUGUACUAUUUACUAUAGCAAGUUCAAGAAAUGUUAGCUCACCUUAUUAGUUCCUCAGUAUGUAUUCAAGGGGUUAUUCUGCUAAGGACUCUUAUUGUGAAGGCAGGAUAGCUUUCCCCGAGGGGAUAUGUGUGGAGCAGGAAGGGCUUAGUUCAGUCGAGAGCUGAGGACUGAGAGAAUCAGGUGUAGCUGAGGCUGUUAGAGAAAAGCUGAGCUUAUGUAUGGCGUGGCUGUGGCCGCCAACAGCUGUUUAAUAACCAUGACUUGUGUUAACAAUGGUACACGCUACAGUGCUGCCUUGGAUAGAGUUGAUAUGCGAUGACAGGACAUCUUUGCAUUUUUGAACAGUUCAUUUUUUCAAGUUUAAAUUAUUUUUCUGCCUUUGCUCAGUGUGUGGACAAAACACAA